AUGGAAGAGAUGGGGAAGACUGAUAUCCAGCUGCAGAGACCUAUAAAGACGGAGUGGAAUCCCCGGUGUGUCCUCUUCACCUAUUUCCAAGGGGACAUCGGCAGCGUAGUGGACGAACACUUCUCCAGAGCUCUGAGCAAUGUCAAGAGCCCCCAGGGAUUGAGCCCCUUGAGCCAGAGCACAGACGUGAUCCUGAGGAAUGAUAGUGACAUGCCUCCAAAUCAGUGGCGUUUCUCUUCUCCGUGGACAAAGCCAGAGCCAGAAGCAUCUUUUGCAUAUGGUGCCACCAACUGCAGCUUGAAUGGGCCCAGUCUCAUGACUCCGGAUCAGUACCCAGUGUCCCUGGCGGGCAGCCCCUCCAUUCAGUCUGAUGAGCUGUGGCAUUACCCCUCCCUAGGCAGCCCCAGCUCCUCAGAGCCUGGCUACUCUCAGGCCUACUCCAGUGCGCACAUGGUUCCAGAGCCCCAGCCUGACGGGAAAUAUGAGCCCUUCCUAAGUCUCCUCCAGCAAGACCGACACCUAGCCCAUCCUCAGGAAUCCGCAGUGUGGGAGGAUUGCAGCUCUGCCCAGGUAGCCAGAAGCGUGGGAUUGCUCUGCGACCUGCCUCCCAGCUCAGCCCACGGUGUUCAGCUGGACCUUGGUGACAUCUUCCAGCCUUCCACAGGGGCCCACCUGGCUUCCACAAACAAUGAAGCUUUCCCCUUUAGCUCUUUCACUGUUAGUGACAUCUGGGAACCAUUAGCUCUUUUCAGCACAGAGCCCUUGGGGCGACCCAUGUGGAUGGCCACUGAAUCUUAG